UGCGAACUGUGCCUCUCAGCCCAUCGAGCUCGGGCUGAAUAACACACGCUCAUGGUGGUCUACAGCGAUAAGGUCGUCGCAAGCUCACAUAUGGAGAGAGCUUGUGGAUCGCGGGUCUUGAGUGCGUCUCCAAUGUUGGUAGCUGAACAGAUAUCUCUGGUGGAUGGUAUAAGCUUUAAAUUCGAACCAAUCUUGUUAGGCAAGUGUCAAAAGCUUUGAGCACUACCAAAUAAAAUCCUUUUCCUAAAAAAAUAUGUAAUCUUUGGCUAGUUUUGAGUGAAAAAUUCAUAAGACAGAAUUCCAGCCAAAGCAAGCUCUGGUUUAUCACACAGCCUUAAAGUCAAAAUUUCCAAGUGUACAUAUGUACAAACAUAAUCAUAAUACACAAUCUUUUUUUAAAUUAUGUGUGAGUCAAAGUUUUCAGAUCCUUCGUCAUUCCUCUAUUUGGACAUGCUGGCUGAUAUUUUAAUGCGGGACACCCUUGAGAUGGAAGCGGAUUUCAACAAAAAGAUGGAGUUCAUCAAGGAGCAGGAGCAAAAGGUUUUGGAAAAUGCCAAAAAUCUAAUCUCAAUGGACCAAGUGCUGAGUUCCAUAAACUGCAGUAUGCUUAAGUUAGAAAUGGAACUAAAUGAGAACGAGACAAACUUGAUCGAGGCGGAGAAGGCGGUAACCCGAUUGGAGCAAAGUUGCCCAAGAUCUGACAGCAAUGGUUGUAGGACGUAUCCCCUGGCACGAGUCACCUACGAGGAUUUGCUGAGUUUACUCGUGUCCACCGAAAAAACAGCCGCCCAGUGCAACACCAUGAGGGAGGAGAUCGAAAUGUACAACCAAGAGGCCUCCGCGAAACUACCUCCCAAAUCUGUGAUUACCAAGAUCAUCGAUUAUCACAAUAAUAUACUGAUCUUAUUGGAGAAGGAAAUCGAAAAGUUGCAGUGCGAGGUAUCGAAGAUUCAGAGGGAGUACGAAGAGCUAAACAAGAAAAUGGAACCUAGCAAAUUGAUCGCUCAAUGCCCCUGCCAAAAGAAAAACGAUUUUAAGCCCGUGGUCAAAUGUGAUGUACAACUACGCAUGUAAUCCAAAAACUGAUAACACGAUAUAUCCAUACGAGUAGUAUAAAUGCUUA